AUGCUCAACUAUUUAUGGCUAUUAUUACCUUACUUUUUAAUAAUAAAUGGAAGUUUUGUUGUUGAAAAUUUUCCUCAAGAUAAUAAAGAAAUAUUUUCUGUAUAUAGAGUGACACCAAAAAAAAUAGAAGAAUUGGAGAUAUUACGACAAUUAGAAGCUAAUAAUUCCAGAAAUGGUUUUGAUUUUUGGGUUGAACCAAGAAGGAUAAAUUAUUUUUGUGAUAUUAUGACACAUCCCACAAAUCAAGAAGAUCUCAUUUCUACAUUACAAAGGCAUAAUAUAUCGUAUAGAUUAAUGAUUAAAGAUGUACAAGAGUUAAUAAUAAGAAAUGAAAGACAAAAACGAGCUAAAAAUAAAGAUAAUAAAAAGUAUAGUGAUAAAAAGAUUAAAAUGGAUUUUAAUAAUCAUUCUAAAUUUUUUCAAAGAUUUGAAGAUGAUGUUAGUGAUAAUAAUCAAAGAAGAAAAAUUCUUGAAAAUGUAGGUGAAUUAUUGGCAAAAUAUCCUUUUGGUGAGUAUACUAGUUACUCAGCAAUGAUUAAAUACAUGAGAACUGUUGAAUUUUAUUAUCCACAUAUUGUUAAAUUAAUUAGAAUUGGUAAAAGUCAUGAAGAUCGACCAUUAGAAGGUUUAAAAAUAGGUAUUGAAAGGAGUGAUAAAAGAAAAAAACGUGCUUUUUGGAUUGAUGGUAAUAUUCAUGCUAGAGAAUGGGCUAGUAGUCAUACAGCAUUAUUUAUAAUUAAUCAACUUGUUUCUGGUUAUGGAAAAGAUAAAUUUAUAACACAUUUUUUAAAAUAUUAUGAUAUUUUUAUUUUACCAAUGUUAAAUCCUGAUGGUUAUGAAUAUUCAAGAAGUAGUACACAUCCAGAAGUUAGAUUAUGGAGAAAAAAUCGUUCACCAAGAAAAUGUGCUCCUGGUUAUUGGGGUGGUAUAAAAUGUUGUAUGGGAACAGAUUUAAAUAGAAAUUUUGAUUUUUACUGGAGUGAAACUGGUUCAAGUGACAAUCCUUGUAGUAAUCAAUAUCAUGGUUCUGGUCCUUUAAGUGAACCAGAAGCUAGAGCUGUUAGUGAUUUUUUAACAUCAGAAGAAAUGUUUGAUAGAUUAGAUGGUUUUAUAACAUUACAUACAUAUGCUCAACUUUGGAUUCAUCCAUAUUCACAUGAAUAUGAAAAUUAUCCAACAGAUGUCAGGGAUAUUUCACGUGUUGCUUUAAAAGCAAUAAAUCGUUUACGUGCUAUUUAUGGCACAGAUUAUAAUUAUGGAACUGGUGCAGAUUUAUUAUCACCUGCUUCUGGUGGAUCUGAUGAUUGGGCAAAAAGUACAUUACAAGUAAAAUAUGUUUAUUUAAUAGAAUUAAGGCCAGAAAUGGAAUUGUCAGGUGGUUUUAUAUUAGAUAAAGAUGAAUUAAUACCAACAGGAGUUGAGACAUUUGAAGCUAUCAAAGUAGUAAUGGAAGCAUGUUUAGCUAAAAAUAAAUUUCCAACAAAAGCUGAUGAUCUUGUUUUGGAGGAUGCCAAAACACAACAAAAUAUUUUUGGAGCAUUUUUUGGAAAAGAUACAAAUAUUGGUAUGUUUUCAAAUUUAAAUUCACAAACAACACCUUCACCUUUUGGUAUGGAUAAAGUUAUUGUUUCAAGAGGAACAACUGUUACUACUACAACUACAACUACUACUACAACUGUAAAACCUACAACUAUUAACAAUAUAUUUAGAAAUGUUAAUGAAAAAAUUGUUAAAAUAGAAAUACCUCAAACUUCAACUUUCUCAACAACAACUAAAAAAUUCCAAACAACAAUUAAGAAUGAAGUUAAUACAACUCCAGAAAUACUAACUAAUAAAAGUAAUGGUAUCUUAUCUGAAAAGUUAUUCCGUAAACAACUUUUGCGUCUUGAAGCAGAAGGAAAAUUAUCAGAAAAAAGUUCUCCCAAACAAAAAGAAUAUGAAGAUAUAGAGAUACCUAAACAUGUAAUAACAACUUCACCACUUAACAUAAAAUCACAAAUUAUAACAAAAACAAAUAUGUUACAAAUUCAACCAAUCUAUCAUAAUCAUGAUUUUGUAAAAAAAAAUGAAGUAUGUGAAGAUAAUCAACGUUCAUGUAAACUUUGGAUAAAAGCACGCCCAACCGUUUGUCAAGAUCAUAAACGUUUCAUGGAAAUACAAUGUCCAUUAUCAUGUUCAUUUUGUACUUCUUAA